AGGCUGUGGCGAAGCUGCCGCGGGUCUACGGGGUUUGCUUCGACAAACAAAAUGCUUCCUUCAUGGCGCAGCUGCAGCACAAGGGCCGCAGAGAGUGCAAACACUUCAAAAUCAAAAAGUACGGAGACAUCAGCGAGGCCUACAACGCCGCCAUUUCCUGCAGAAGAAAGAUGGAGCAUGCGCUUCUCGUGGCGCCUCGGGGGCCCCCGGGGGCCCCCGGGGGGCCCCCCCUCGAAGCAGCAGAAUGCAUGCAGCCAAGAAAAAGGGGAACUCAGAAGCAAAGAAGCACCAAGAGGGGCCCCCCAGCCCUUCAGGGGGACGGGGGGGGCCCCCUAGGGGGGGCCCCCAGGGGCAGGGGAGGGGGGCCCCGCGACCAGCAGGACCUCCAGGCCCACAAGCCCUCCGUCGCAGCAACAGCAGCAGCUGCUGCUGCUGCAGUUGCUGCAGCAGCAGCAGGGCUGCGGCGGCCCUCGCAGCAGCUGCUGCAACCAACCGAAGGGGGCACUUCAGGGGGACCCCAGUUGGCAUCAAACGAUUCGACCCCGACGGGGCCCCUCAGACAGCUGCUGCUGCUGCUGCUGCUGCAGCAGGUGCAGACGCAGCAGCUAGGGCCUCUGAGGCAGACGUGCUGCAGCGGCUGCAGCUGCAGCAGCUAGGGGCGCUGCUGCUGCAAGGCUCUCUUAGUAGGGCUUUGCGGGCCUCGGAAGCUCCCACAAGAGCCCCCACGACAGCAACAGCAACAGCAGCAGCAGCUCUAGCAGCAGCAGCAAACGCCCGCUGCAGCCGCAGCAGCAGCAGCAGCAGCAUCAGCGGAAGCUCUUCUGCAGCAAGAGAGGCCUCCUGGGGAAAGGCUGAGCUGCAGGCGCGACUGCAGCGGAGUGCCACUGCGGCGCUGCUCUCGCUGCAGCCUGCUGCUGCUGCAGCAGACCGCCACAAGGAGGCAGCAGCAGCGGCAGGCAAACUAGCUGCAGCAAAUUUAGCAGCAGCAAACUUAGCAGCGGCGAACUCAGCAGCAGCAGCAGCAGCAGCAGCAGCAGCUCCUCGGAGGCCACAGCCCCAGGCGCACACUUGCCUGACAGACAAUAACGCAGAAGGCCCCCAGAAGAAGCGGAGAAUUUCUGCUGCUGCUGCUCUUGAAAAGCGCUGCAGCAGCCUCUCGGAGACUAGCCCUGUGGGACUCUUAGCUGCCCCGCAGCAGCAGCAGCAGCAGCAGCAGCCGCUUCAUCAGCAGCUGCUGCUCUCGACUAUAGCGCCUGGAACUGCAGCGUCUGCAGUUUUGGAUACACCGCAAAACUUUCUAAUGCACCAGCAGCAGCAGCAGCAGCAGCUCCAGCCGCAGCAGCAGCAGCGGCAGCAGCAACAAGAGCCGCAGCUGCCGCUAUUAUAUGUAUGUAUAUACAUAUAUAAAUAG